AUGACCCGGAUGAACAACAUCCCGGCGCUGGAGGACCGCGGCCAGGGCGUGCCAGGCCUCAUCCCCUUCUGGGACCUCUGCAACCACGCCAACGGACGGGUCAGUGAGCAGCGUUCGGCGCCGGCUUGUCUGCAGGUCGAGGCUGCCGUGGCCCGGUGUCUACGGACUACCUGCAGGAGGAAGGCCGGCAGCGUGUGUUACGCCUCGCGCGACUUCGAGGCUGGCGAGCAGUUCUUCAUUUUCUACGGUGUGCGGCCCAACGCCGAGUUUCUGCUGCACAACGGGUUCGUGUACCGCGACAACGAGCACGACGCGGUGGCCGUACGGCUGGGAGUGAGUCGGGGCGACGCGCUGCACCAGCGGCGCUGCCGCCUGCUGGAGCGACUCGGUGUGCCGGCCAGCGGCGUGUUCUACCUCCACCGCGAAGGCGCGCCCAUCGACGCCUCGCUGCUCGCCUUCCUGCGCGUCUUCAAUAUGGACGCAGACGCGUUGGACCAGUGGCUGCUGGCGGACAACGUGUCGGAGCUGGGCUCGGACGAGUGCCCCGGCCUGCCGGACGGCCUGGAGACGACCGCCUGGCGCUUUCUGCACACGCGGCUGGGCCUGCUGCUGCGCCUGUACCCGGGCCCGGCCGCCGACGACCGCCGCCUGCUGGCCGAGCCGGGCGCGCUGACGCCGCGCGCCCGGCUGGCCGUCACGCUGCGGCUGGGCGAGAAGGAGAUCCUGGAGCGGGCGCUGCUGUACGCCGACCAGCGCAUGGCCUGACGGCGCGGCGGGCGCGCGCUUGACGUCACAGGUGUGGAGCGGCUCCGGCGGCGCCAACACUACCAAAGACUGCCGCACCACUACGGCCGCCAAUCUUCCACAAAUCCGAGCUCAAAUGGCGGCCCCGGGCGGGGCAUGCGGGCCAGCACGACGCUGGAAUAACGCUUGUGUAGGCGCCUGCCGUUUUAUGUCCGUGU